AACCUCUCUCUCUAGAAUCUAUUCUCCCAAGAGAGCCCAAACAUCUUCCCCCUUCUAAAGAGCAUUAGAGUCCCAUUUUUUUUUAUUAUUAUUAUUAUUUAGAAUCGCAUUAGAGUUCCACUUCCCAAUACCCAACAUCCUCAUCCUUGUCUAAAGAGCCUAAAACUCUCUCUCUCUGUCUCUCUCUCUCUCUAAAUGGCCACCACCGAGACAAAGGAGAAACAGGAGGCUUCAGGCCCCAUCCCAACUUCAAAAGAUGAAGUCCAAAAGAAAGUGGCGUUGCUCCUGAGGUUUCUAGCAUUUGGUGCCACUUUGUCAGCAACGCUUGUGAUGGUACUCAAUAAGCAAACAUCACCCGUCACCGUGGUUUACAAUGCCCCCGUUCUCCGUUUCGUCACGGCCAAAUUUUAUCAAACACAUGCCUUUGUGUUUUUUGUGGUUGCAAAUGCGAUAGCCUGUCUCUAUUCUUUGGUGAUGCUCUUGGUUUGCCUGGCUGAUUUGAUUCGUUUGUUGGGAAACAACUCAUAUGUCUCGAAGGUUCAUGGACUUCUAGUAAUCGUCUUGGAUUUGGUUAUGGUGGCCCUAGUCACUGCGGGAGCUUCAGCUGCAACUUCAGUAGCUGAGUUGGGAAAGAAUGGGAACAAACACGCAAAUUGGAGCAAAAUAUGUGACAAGUUUGAGACAUAUUGUGACCAUGGUGCAGGUGCCCUUAUUGCUUCAUUCAUUGGCGCUUUGAUUUUCAUUUUUCUAACUGUGUUCUCCAUCACAGACCUCUACAAGGAGGCCAAAAAGGUCCCUAAAUCCCAAGUCUGAAGCCCCUACCCUCUUUCUCUCUCUAACCACCCUAAGAAAGGCACCCCUUUCUCUCUCUCUCCCCACCAAAAACACCCCCACUUUCCCCUUUGUGUGUCUUGCCACCAUGGCAAAAGUGCUCUAAUUGCUUCCUCCUUCACUUCAUUAUUCUUGUUGGGCUUUUCCUUGUUAUAGCCUCUCUCUCUCUCUCUCUCUCUCUCUCUCUCUCUCUCUCUC